UCACGCCUUCUGCACGUUCACGUUAACCAUCGUUUACUAUUUUCCAUUAUUUUGUUGAGCGAAGCUGGACCAAUUUCUUCUUUCUUGACAUUGCUGUCAUAACUUAGAAGCAUGCUGCGUUUACCCAGCCUGAUGAGACAACUGAGGCCAGUGUCCCGAGCACUGGGCCCUCACCUCAGCCGUGCCUAUGCCAAAGAUGUUAAAUUUGGUGCCGACGCCAGAGCCCUCAUGCUCCAAGGGGUGGACCUGUUGGCCGACGCAGUCGCUGUUACUAUGGGACCUAAGGGACGCACCGUUAUCAUUGAACAGAGUUGGGGCAGUCCCAAGGUUACUAAAGACGGCGUGACAGUGGCUAAGAGCAUUGACCUAAAGGACAAGUACAAAAACAUUGGUGCUAAACUGGUCCAGGAUGUGGCUAACAACACUAACGAGGAGGCUGGAGAUGGCACCACAACAGCCACUGUGCUGGCGCGUGCCAUCGCUAAGGACGGCUUCGACAACAUCAGCAAGGGAGCCAACCCCGUAGAGAUCCGCAAGGGCGUGAUGCUGGCCGUGGAGACAGUCAUCGCUGAGCUGAAGAAGCUGUCCAAGCCUGUAACCACACCAGAGGAGAUUGCACAGGUUGCCACCAUCUCUGCGAAUGGGGACAGUGAGGUUGGGAACAUCAUCUCUGAUGCGAUGAAGAAGGUGGGCCGUAAGGGAGUUAUCACCGUGAAGGAUGGGAAAACAAUGCAUGAUGAGUUGGAGGUCAUUGAGGGACUCAAAUUUGACAGAGGAUAUAUUUCCCCUUAUUUCAUCAACACAGCCAAAGGUCAGAAGUGUGAGUUCCAGGAUGCAUACCUUCUGCUGAGUGAGAAGAAGAUCUCCAGUGUUCAGAGCAUCGUUCCUGCCCUGGAAAUUGCCAACCAGCACCGUAAGCCACUUGUCAUCGUGGCUGAGGAUGUGGAUGGCGAGGCCCUUAGCACACUGGUCCUCAACAGGCUGAAAGUAGGACUUCAAGUUGUAGCUGUGAAGGCCCCAGGGUUUGGAGACAACAGAAAGAACCAGCUGAAAGACAUGGCCAUUGCCUCUGGGGGCACUGUAUUUGGUGAAGAGGCCACAGGCUUGGCUCUGGAGGACGUCCAGCCACGUGAUUUGGGACACAUUGGAGAGGUUCAGGUUACCAAGGAUGACACCCUCCUGCUGAGGGGCCGCGGGGAUCCCGCUGCCAUUGAGAAGCGCAUAGCAGAGAUCACUGAGCAGCUGGAGACUACCAAUAGUGACUACGAGAAGGAAAAGCUGAACGAGCGACUCGCUAAACUCUCUGAUGGCGUGGCAGUGAUUAAGGUGGGUGGAACAAGUGAUGUAGAGGUAAAUGAGAAGAAAGACCGCGUAACAGACGCUCUUAAUGCCACGCGGGCAGCGGUGGAAGAGGGUAUUGUGCCAGGAGGAGGCUGUGCUCUCCUGCGCUGUAUCCCGGCACUUGAUGCCCUCAAACCAGCGAACAGUGACCAAAAGACUGGAAUUGACAUCAUUCGCCGUGCCCUGCGCGUUCCAGCAAUGACAAUUGCGAAGAAUGCAGGUGUGGAGGGCUCCCUGAUUGUGGAGAAAAUCCUGCAGACAGAGGAUAUGGGAUAUGAUGCGCUACAGGGAGAAUUUGUUAAUAUGGUGGAGAAAGGCAUCAUCGACCCUACCAAAGUUGUUCGGACAGCUCUGCUUGAUGCUGCGGGUGUUGCCUCUUUGUUGUCUACCGCGGAGGCAGUAGUCACAGAGUUACCCAAAGAGGAGAAAGAGGGGGGCAUGCCAGGCGGGAUGGGAGGAGGCAUGUACUAAACUGCCUUAGCACUGGCCGUGCGAUAACUGGAGACUUGGUAUGCGGGACAGGAUGAUGGUAUCGUGUACCUUGCUCGGAGACCGUGUUGGGAAUGCUGUGGAAUAGAACACAUUAGGCCGUUACCAGCGGAACGUCGUUUGAACAGUACCCAAUGCCUUUCUGUCGGUAAACAAGACCAAGAACGGUUGUCUGACAGACCCAGGCUACCAUCCAGAGUUGACUGAAACCACACAGUGUUAGAGGUGUACUUGGUUUUACUGUUUGAUACAGUUUGUCCAGUUCAGAUGUGAAGAAUCAUGCUGUCUCUCCUAAUUCUGUUGUACUGUCAAGCCACAGACCAAGAUACCUCUGUGAUACAUCAUAUGCCAUAAUUCUGGUACCAUUCUGUUCUCAUUUCCUCACAACUCAUUUUUGUCUCCAUCUUAAACCACUCUGUUCAGUUAUCUUUUUUGUAUACUUGGCUUUUCAUUUUCUGUCCACAAUUUCAGCUAAGUUUAAAUAGAUCAAUAUUGAUGGUGUUUCAGCUCAUGUAAUAGACAAUGCACUUUUCCAAAACUGUAAAUAUCAGUGUCCAACAUCAGUUGAGGGGAGCAGACUUUGUCUCGUGUAGAGAAAAUGAUACAUAUUCUUGGGUAACUUUAGAAAAAAAGUCUAUUACCUUUAAGAAAUAUUAUCUUCUCUUAUUAUCUCGUUAAGUGCCCUUAAACAGCUGGGACACUGAUACAGUUUUGAUUUAAAUUUUAAAUAGCUGUCAGUGGUCUGAGAAAGUGAACAGGUGAUCUAGCGGUUCAAACUUGUACCGUUGGUUAUAAGAUGCCUUCUGUGUGUAUGAAUGGUGGGGGGGGGUCUGUUCUUGGAGAAUGCUUAGAUAUAUGAUUUGAUCUCGUCAGUGAGUGUUGAUGUUAUCAGAAUUAAGACAGAGCCUAAACUGUUGUAUCUUAAAUGUUGAAUGGGUUUUCUACAGUGUUGAAUGACACUAAUACUUUUUAAUAAAACGAAGGUGUCGACCA